UCGUAACUUGUAAGUAGAUAAGCAAAAAUAUCCGACAGAUAUAAAUCGGAUAAAUAAGUAACAUUACAGAUUAAAUAUUCAAAAUUUAACAUUAAAAUGAUGUGAGGUGAAGUUGAAGUUUCUUUUGUAAGAUCAGUUAUUAGUUAAAAAGACUAAAAUCUGAUGAGUAAAUGAGGAAUUCACUAAUAAUUUAUAUUACUUUCCUAUUAUGGCGGGUACAGGGAGGCACCAAAAAAAUAUCGAAGCCUUGCGAGCUAGCCCAACCACACAAGAGACUAGCUAACACAUCUGACUCUAAGUCUCAUGAAUCGGAGCACCAUUCAUACCGAAGAUUCCUCUAUUCAGGAUCACCUUUGAUGUCUAAUGUAAGGAGAGAGUAUCCAUCUGCUAUGAAAUAUGCUGAAAGACCAGACGAGGGGACAACCACGGUAACGACCACGACCAAAUUAUUUUUAAGCCACGAUUGUGACUACACACGACAUUAUUGUUUCAAAGCAUUCGACACCGGUAGACUAUGUGGUAAGACCAUUUACAACACGUACGAAACCUUCGACAAUUACUGCGACAUCGAUUUUUUGAACUGCAUGGAAAAUUAUGACCUAUGGUCGAUCGCUCACAUGGGACAAUGCUACGACGUAUCGGCGUUCGACACCUUCGCAUAUUAUGCAUAUGCCAUUUGGGAUGAUCAACAGUUGGAAGAACUAUAUGUUAUGCCUGCAAUAGGAUAAACACGCACCCCCAUCUGGAAAUACGGUUUUUAAUUAUUAAUGCACUUAAAAUUCCGAUUAAAUAAAAUAAACAACUAAAUUA